AUGAUUAGUGGGAAUAGGGACGAAAAGAACGGGUUGGAUAUUGAAAUGUUUAGGGUGCCGCCAAUUUCUCUAGAUGACAUUCCUGAUAUGUUACUCUCUACAAUCCCAAAAUGCGGAGGAUGUCACGAGCUGAUUUUGGACAGAUUCAUUCUAAAGGUAGCAGACAGGACGUGGCACGCCAAAUGCCUUCAAUGCAGCGACUGCAGAGUACAAUUAACCGACAAAUGCUUCGCUAGGAACGGACAACUCUUUUGUAAAGAUGAUUUUUUCAAGAGGGCGAAAGAAAAAAGGCUAAAAAAGGACGCUGGAAGAACGAGAUGGAGUCAAUAUUUUAGAUCUAUGAAAGGAGGAUCAUCACCUAGACACGAUAAAUUAUUAGACAAAGAUGAAAUGAAAGUUGACUUGGAUAGUUUUAGUCAUCAUGAUUUAAGUGACGAUAGUUAUGGAACUGUAGUAAAUAUGGGAAUGGAUCAAGACGGAUCGUCACCACACAGUGGAAUCGGAAGACCGUCGUUUCUCCACGGAGCCACUUCUCCACCAUAUUUACCUGGGCAUGCCUCACCGCACGGCCAUGAUCAUUUCUCCUCAUAUCCCGAUCAACUCUCAGUUUACGCUAGUUUAGGUCAAGGUGCUCAUUCUGGCAUGCCAUUAGCUCACAACAUUCCUGCGGGUGCCGACACGGACAUCAGCAACGACAGCAGUCCUCGGGGGUACCCAGAUUUUCCACCUAGUCCCGAUUCUUGGUUAGGGGAACCGUCCAGCGCACACUACUGA